GGCCCGUCUAAAGCUUGACGUGGCAUCAUCAGUGGAGCAGCAGCACUGUCAAUCUCCGCCUUACUCCGCGUUACAUGAAUCGGUCGAGCGCGAUAUAAACGCUGUUUUAUGGGUUUUAAGCUGCAUUAAUACCGCGGAUUAGACAUGUUUACGUUCACGGAGCUCGUGCUGCUGCUCUGCGCGCUGUCCUACACCGCGUCCGGUUAUUUCGUGAGCAUCGACGCGCACGCGGAGGAGUGUUUCUAUGAGCGCGUGAACUCGGGCACGAAGAUGGGCCUGAUGUUUGAGGUGGCGGAGGGCGGAUUUCUGGACAUCGACGUGGAGAUAACAGGGCCAGAUGGGAAGCAGAUCUAUAAAGGAGACCGUGAGUCAAGUGGGAAGUACUCUGUGGCCGCUCAUAUGGAUGGAACCUACAAGUUCUGCUUCAGCAACAAGAUGUCCACCAUGACCCCUAAAAUUGUGAUGUUUACUAUUGACAUCGGCGAGGCACCCAAAGGACAGGACAUGGAGACAGAGGCACAUCAGAAUAAGCUUGAGGAGAUGAUUAACGAGCUGGCGGUUGCCAUGACGGCGGUCAAACAUGAGCAGGAGUACAUGGAGGUUCGAGAGAGAAUACACCGUGCAAUCAAUGACAACACAAACAGCAGGGUGGUGCUGUGGUCGUUCUUUGAAGCUCUGGUGCUGGUGGCCAUGACCCUCGGACAGAUUUACUACCUGAAGAGAUUCUUUGAAGUGCGACGAGUCGUAUAACAUCCCGUCUGUGUUCAACUACACAACCACAUUGAGUCGUGAUUUACCAGUUUUACAAACUGGACAUCCAAUUCAGCAGAGAAUCGGAAGAACCUGGUCGUUCUCUAGUCCGUCAGUUGUUAUUUUUAUGUUUUUGUUUUUAUUUGCCCCAAUUGUAGAUCGCUUCUAUGUUUGAUUUUGGGUAAAAGGUGGAAUUUCAGUUAUGAUUUAUAAAAUCUUUGAUUUUGUUUUAGCCCAACUUCUGUAAAAUUUAAUUUGAAGGAGCAUCAUUUUUAUUUAUGGCUUUGUGGAGGGGGUUACCUCCGGUACUGUUACAAGUGCGCAUUACAAGAAUGAAGUAAAAAUGAUGUUUUGGUGUUGCCAUAAAUGAAAGAACAUGCAACAUGGUUUAGGAUUGCGUGAUGGAAUUAAACCAUGACAUGAACAAUGUUGUCAAUGGAAAUGGAAAGUCAGCACUCACUGAUGUAUUAUAAAGAAAUGUCGAGGAAUGUCACAGCGAGCACAUUUCAUAUCACCGCUUAUUAUUACAGUUAGUUAUGCCAACAGACUCCAUGGCACAUAAUUAAACCUGAUGCUGGUAAGGCGGUAAAAUGACUGCUUAUUUACUUUUUGCAGAUUUUCUGGUGUGUUUUUAAAUGUUUAGGUGGGAUAGUUCUGGCCCGGUUUUUCCUUAUCUGCAGUUUCUUCACAUGGGGGGUACUUUAUGUAGAUUUGUACAAUUUUUGUUGUCUAAACCAAUUCUUAUAUUGAUGAGAAUGCAAAAUUGUUCGGCUAAGACUACUAGGAAACUGAUACAAAUGUAAACUUCUGAAGUUUCAUGACUAGCUUUGUUAAAUGGGUUUGGUUUAAUAAACAUAAAACAUGUUCUUAAAAUGUC